AUGUAUGGAUGUGGCACGCUCCUCACCAUACCGGCGUACCUCAAAUUCGGCAGAAGGCCGGUCAUGCUGGGCACCCUUCUUGUGUACAUGGUCGGUCUCAUCGGAGCGAGCAGAGCGAACGGCUACGGCGGAUUGAUGGCAGCCAGAAUCAUCCAUGCCUUCGCGAGCGGAGUGUGCGAGGCUUUGCCUGUGCAGCUUGUGAACGACAUCUUCUUCCUGCAUCAACGCGGCAACAAGCUCGGCUAUUACACCGUAUGCCUAUGCUGGGGCUCGACCGGUCCGUUGUACGCUGGCUACAUGCUCGCAGGCGGCUACAGCUGGCGCCUGUACUUUUACGUCGAAGCCGCCUUUGCUGCUGCGCUCUUGAUCCUGGCAUUCAUCUUCGUCGAAGAGACGACGUACAAGCGAAAUACCCCCAGCGGCCCAACCGUUCCCAAUGGUUCAAACGAAAAGAAGGUCUUCGGUCAGGAAGAAGUCGAGAAAGAGGACGUGCCGAGCGACCACGUCGAAGUACAAACCCUGGUGCCUCCGAGGAAGACCUGGCUCCAGCAACUCAAACCAUGGUCAGCCAUCAACCACGACGAGCAAUUUUUCAUGACCAUUGCACGGUCCUUCACAUAUUACGCCGUGCCCUCUGUCCUCUGGGUGGUGACCUCCUUCGGAAUAUACAUCGGACUCGGAGCGCUGGCCUUCAACUACACCUUCCCGAUCAAGAUCGUGCAGCCCCCGUACAACUGGGCGCAGCAGAAUGCCGGUCUUAUAGCACUUGGAAACGUAAUCGGUUACGGCCUAGCGGUGCCUCUCACAUGGACGUCUGACCGGCUGGCGGCGUAUCUCACUAAGAAGAAUAAUUAUGUGCGUGAAGCUGAGAUGCGUCUCGGCGUGCUCAUACCCGCUGCGAUCAUUGCGCCGUGCGGAUUGAUUGUGUACGGCUUCACGGCAGAGAAGAACUUGCACUGGAUCGGCUACUUCGCUGGAGUGGCUAUGUGCGAUUGGGGCAGCUACUUCUUCUUCACGUUCACUCUCGCAUAUGCCAUUGACAGCUACACUGCGAACACCUCCGAGAUGCUCAUCGCCAUGUGCGUCGGCAAGCAACUCAUCAGCUUUGCCUUCGGGAUUUACCUUCUCGACUGGGUGCUGGAGAGCGGCUAUGUCGUCAUCGUCGCCGGCGCCUUCACUGCUGUGCUCUUCGCGAACAAUCUGAUGGUCAUCCCCUUUAUGCUGUUCGGCAAGAGGAUCAGGGCUUUCUACGCGCACACUUGGCUGGCCGCAAUGCACAGGAGGACUGUCAAGCAGGUCAUCACGCACUGA